GUCGAUCUACCCGGAACUCUGCUUACUCUGCUUAGCCUACAUAACAAGCACAUCUAGCGGUGGGGGCGGAGUUGCAAACAGGGGAGUCGUGGAUUGGCUGUUGCUCCCACGCUUUCCUGGAAAGUAGACUUCUUGGAAUCUGUGUGCCAUUCAAGGGAAAUUACUGAUCCGCUGGGACGUGGGGGGAACAUAGUGCAAUGUCUUCCUCUACCCAUAGUAAAUGUGUUCAAAAUUAACAUAUUGAUGUGACAUUAAUGUGACUAAAUCACACAACUCAAAAAUAUGGUCGAAUAACACUAAGUCCAAAAUGUAGUUAGGGCUGGCACGCUCACAGUGAAGGCUACAUUUAUGAAGAAGCGUCAGCGAGUCCAUUGGCGUCACAAGCGAUUCUCAGAAAACACUUCUUGGAACAAAGCUGAAUUCGACCAGCCAAACCCUCAAAGCCAUUUCAAGCAACCUGUUUCACAGUGCUGUCAACUGAGCUCGCCGCAAUACUCAGACAUUCACUCGAGAAACAACUCUCGAGUGUGAAAUCGGCUUUUUGAAAUUCUACAUUUUGGUUUUGUUUUCAAUUAUUUACCACUGUGUUUUGAAUAUUUAGGUUACGUUCUUAGUUACGACUCGGGUUACAGUUCUGGCUGCCAAGGAGAAAGAAUUUAUCAGUUACACAUUAAAUUCAAACGACGGAAACGAUUGAUUUCGAAGAAAACCAGGGGGUGUUUUUGUGAUUCAACCACUCUUCUUCAUUAUGAUUCUUUGCGUUCAAGGCCCCAGACCAAUCCUGCAAGACACACCCACGGUCGUACCGCUGAAUAUGCCGACUCCAAGCUGCCUCCAAAGCGCCCUUCAACAGUGGGACCCUCGAAAAGAUCUACGGGCCAUAGCGAGCACCUUUUGCUACCUGGAAAUCUCAGGCUGGUACUGGGGUGGCAUGACUGCGAGUGAUGCUCAGGCAGUGCUGCAAGCCGCAUCUGAGGGCACAUUCCUGGUACGUGACAGCAGCCACCCUCUCUACAUGCUCACGCUAUCGGUGAAGACAAAGCGUGGCCCCACUAACGUACGCAUUCAGUACAGCUGCGGCCGUUUCCAGCUGGAUUCCAGCUCCCCCGCCCGGCCGCGCCUGCUCUCCUUCCCUGACAUCUCCAGCCUGGUGCAGCACUAUGUGGGCUCGGGCCGCGGCACUCCCGAGGACGGACGGACUGCUGGGAUGGACGAGGUGGAGGAACAGGGAAACAAGAAAAAGAGGGGCAAGGAGAAGGAGGAGAGGGACAAGGCAGACACAGAGUGUUCUCCUCUCGUGACAGAAGCCAGAGACAGUGCUGUGCUGCUUAAGCUCAAACGGCCUCUUUGCAAACCCCAGGCCUUCCCCAGCCUUCAACACCUCACCCGCCUCACCAUCAACAAGCACGUAGCCUGCUCUGCUCAUUUACCCUUGCCGGGGCCGCUGCUACGCUACAUCCAGGAGUACCCCUUCCAGCUCUGAUGGGUCCUGGGCCCCGUGAAGAGGGGCCAGUGAGCAGAAUGGAUUUUCUGAGGCAGCAGGUCUUCUGGGGGAACAAGUCGAUGAGUGCCAUGGCUCUCGGCAGUCUCCCGGUGUUUUUAACGAAGGAAACACAACAGAGACCCGACAGGUGAUGUCAUGGAGACAAGGUGAAGAAGGGGGUUGUCCUGUUUGAAAAGAACUCUUGAAGAGAACUUGAACUGUGUGAGGGAACAAACUGUGAUGGCGUGCACUGGCACAGAAGGCCUGGUCGAACUCAAGGACUUAAAGCCAGCCGUUCCCUUCUAACCGGACUUCUAAGGAGGUGUAACUUGAACCAACACAGAGGUUUUUCUCCGUCCUUCAAACUGAAAUGUAUGCAUUUCUGUUUUAAACCAAUCAAAGGAUUCAGGUCCUUUUUGAUAAAAAAAAUUCCCACCAUGUGGAUUGUUGUACAUAUUUAUAGAAGCAGAUCCUUGUGGUUUUUAAUAAAAACUGACUGAAACUCUA